CAAGCAAAGAGGCAGCCUUGUACGUAAAAAAAAAAGUCGACAGCUCCUACAUACACCUCCGCCGUGCGCGCCUUCCACACCGUCCUUCACGACUGAUCCACGAAUACCUCGCCGACAGCGUACACUCUCUCGCUCUCCAUCUUUUCACUUUACUGAUACCCCGCUACCGCCGCUUAAACCAUGUCUGUUGUGGGUGUAGAUCUGGGGACGCUCAGCAGCAAAAUUGCCGUUGCGCGCAACCGUGGCGUCGACGUGAUCGCAAAUGAGGUCUCCAACCGCGCGACACCGUCACUAGUUGGCUUCGGCCCCAAGAGCAGAUAUCUCGGUGAGACUGCAAAGAACCAGGAAGUCUCCAACCUCAAGAACACCGUCUCCUCCUUCGUCCGCCUCGCCGGCCGCUCCCUCAGCGACCCCGAUGUCCAGAUUGAACAGGAGUUCGUCUCCGCCCCGCUCAUCGACAUUGGCGGCCAGGUCGGCGCCGAGGUCACGUAUCUGGGCAAGAAGGAGCAGUUCACGGCUACCCAGAUCACAGCCAUGUACCUCACCCGCAUGAAGCAGACGGCCUCGGUCGAGCUGAAGCUGCCCGUCUCAGACAUUGUCCUCAGCUGCCCGGUGUGGUACACCGAUGCCCAGCGCAGGGCCCUCCUCGACGCUGCCGACGUUGCUGGCCUCACAUGCCUGCGGCUGAUCAACGACAACACCGCAGUCGCCCUCGGAUACGGCAUCACCAAGCUUGACCUGCCCGCCCCCGAGGAGAAGCCCAGGAGAGUCGUCUUUGUCAACAUCGGCCACAGCAACUACACGGCCACCGUUGUCGAGUUCAAAAAGGGCGAGCUGGCCGUCAAGUCGAGCGCCUGGGACCGUCACUUUGGCGGCCGCUACAUCGACAAGGCCCUCGUCGAGCACUUUGCCGCAGAAUUCAAGGACAAGUACAAGAUCAACGUCAUGGAGAACGGCAAGGCCCGCUUCCGCCUGGCGGCUGGUGUCGAGAAGCUCAAGAAGAUCCUCUCCGCCAACAACAUGGCGCCUCUCAACGUCGAGUCCAUCAUGAACGAUGUCGAUGUACGGGGCAUGCUCAAGCGUGAGGAGCUCGAGACGCUGAUGCAGCCGCUGAUCGACCGCGCCACCGCACCCAUCGAGCAGGCCCUCGCCGAAGCCAAGCUCACGCCUGCCGACAUCGACGCCAUCGAGAUGGUCGGUGGCUGCACCCGUGUCCCCGCCCUCAAGACCAAAAUUCAGGAGUACUUUGGCGGCAAGACUCUCUCUUUCACACUCAACCAGGACGAGGCUGUCGCCCGUGGCUGUGCUUUCAGCUGCGCCAUCCUCUCCCCCGUUUUCCGUGUCCGUGACUUCUCCGUCCACGACAUGGUUAACUACCCUGUCGAGUUCACAUGGGAGAAAUCCGAGGAUAUUCCGGAUGAGGAUACCAACCUGACCGUCUUUAACAAGGGCAAUGUCAUGCCAUCCACCAAGAUUCUAACCUUUUACCGGAAACACCCCUUCGACCUCGAGGCUCGGUACGCCAAGCCUGAGCAGCUGCCAGGCAAGAUGAACCCCUGGAUUGGUCGCUUCUCCGUCAAGGGCGUAAAGGAAGACCCCAAGGGCGAUUUCAUGAUCUGCAAGCUCAAGGCUCGCUUGAAUGUACACGGUAUACUCAACGUGGAGUCGGGAUACUACGUGGAAGAGACCGAGGUCGAGGAGCCUAUCCCCGAGCCUCCGCAAGAGGAUAAGAAAGAGGGUGAUGCAAUGGACGUAGACAAGGAUGCGCCCAAGGAGCCCCCCAAGAUGCGCAAGGUCAAGAAGCAGCAAAGGAAGGGUGACCUACCGCUGUCAGCAGGCACCGCAGCCCUUGAUGAGGCCAGCAAACAAGCCGCGGCAGAGCGCGAGAACGCCAUGAUCAUGGAGGACAAGCUCGUAGCCGACACCGAGAACGAGAAGAACAACCUUGAGAGCUUCAUCUACGAGCUCAAGGACAAGAUUCUCGACGUGUACGCCGAAUUCGCGAGCGACGACGAGAAGGCGAAGCUGAACGCCAAGCUUGAGGUCAUCGAGGACUGGCUAUACGAGGAUGGUGAGGAUGCCUCCAAAGCACAGUACGUCUCCAAGAAGGAGGAAAUCCGCUCGAUUGCUGGACCCAUUAUUCAGCGCUACAACGAUAAGGUCGAAGGCGAGCGACAAGCUGUUCUCGAGAAGCAACAAAAAGAGCACGCAGCGAAGCAGGCUGAUCUUGAGCGUGCUAAGCGGGAAGCAGAGGCGAAGAAGCAGGCAGAGGCUCCCGCAGAGGAAAAGGAUACCGAAAUGACCGAUGCUGAGACAACCAAGCCGGACGGCGUUGAGGAGGCAUCUUAGAAAGCUUGUGUACAAUGCAUGAUGGUGCGUACCGGAUAGAUGGUAACCACUGAGUGGUUCAAGGCGCCAUGGAAUGAAUUGUGUAAAAGCAUGGAGGAGCGUGGUAUAAAUGGCUUCGUUUGGGCUUGGUCAAGCUCUUUUUU